GAAGCGCCGCCGCCGCCGUCACCGUCAGCCGCCCCUUUCCUUCCUUCCUUCCUUCUUUCUUUCUUUCUUCUGGAGGCGGAGAACCGGGGCGAUGUCGGCGUUGCCCCUGGAGGGCGCGGGCGGGAGGCGGAGGCUGCGGCGGAGGAGGCGGCGGAGGAGGCGGCUGUGAGGGAGGGAGGGAAGGCGGGAGGAGGGAGGAAGGGGGCAUGCUCUCUCGGAAGAAGACGCGGGCGGAGCUGCCGAAGCCCGGCGAGGUCCAGGGCAAGUACGUCAUCACCGAGACCAGCCCCCUGCUCCGGAAUCUGAUGCCCUCAUUCAUCCGUCAUGGACCAACCAUUCCAAGACGAACAGAUCUCUGCCUUCAAGAGCCCAGUCCUUCUGCCUACUCAGCAGUUGGGGAUGGAGCUGUCUCCAGAAACCAGAGCUUCCUUAGGACUCCCAUGCAAAGGACUCCUCAUGAGAUCAUGAGACGGGAAAGCCACCGGCUCUCUGCCCCUUCCUAUUUGGCCAGAAGUUUGGCUGACGUGCCCCGGGAAUAUGGUGUGUCUUCACAGUCCUUUCUAACAGAGGCCAGCUCUGUAACUGAAAAUGGCGAUGCUGGAUCCCGUUACUAUUAUGACCACUUUUAUAAUGGCCAGAGGCGGCACCAGCUGGGGGACCAUGUCCAGGAGGAAUAUAGAUACUAUGAACACAACACUGAACUCAUCCAGAGGAUGUCACAGAAUCAGGGAAGACAUAGUUCAGGCAUUGGAAGGGUUGCUGCUACAUCAUUGGGAAACUUAACAAACCACAGUUCAGAAGAUUUACCACUUCCUCCUGGCUGGUCAGUGGACUGGACUCUUAGAGGGCGAAAAUACUACAUAGACCACAACACUAACACAACACAUUGGAGUCAUCCUCUGGAGAGGGAAGGGCUGCCUCCAGGAUGGGAGCGUGUUGAAUCAGCCGAGUUUGGCGUGUAUUAUGUUGACCACAUCAAUAAAAGAGCACAGUACAAACACCCCUGUGCACCCAGCGUUCCCCGUUAUGAUCAGCCUCCUCCGGUGACGUAUCAGCCACAGCAAGCUGAAAGAAGCCAGCCAAUCCUUGUGCCUGCAAAUCCGUACCACACGGCUGAGAUCCCUGACUGGCUGCAGGUCUAUGCCAGGGCACCUGUGAAGUACGACCACAUCUUGAAGUGGGAACUCUUCCAGCUUGCAGAUUUGGAUACCUACCAGGGGAUGUUGAAGCUGCUUUUCAUGAAGGAACUGGAGCGGAUUGUGAAGACAUAUGAAGCGUACCGGCAGGCUCUCCUCACAGAGCUGGAGAACCGCAAGCAGAGGCAGCAGUGGUAUGCACAGCAACACAGCAAGAACUUCUAAGUGGACUCUCCAGCUCUGAGCAGGCUCUCCAGGGAUGAGGGCCUGUGGGACCUUCAAGGGACCUCUUAGGCUCUUGGGCUCUGGGGGAAUCAUUAAACAAGAGCUUUGGUUGGAAAGGCAGCUUCACUUUUUUGAUGUUGCACCUUUUGUAAUUACCUUUUUUCUGUAUCAUGUUUAUAGAAUACAGAAGACCUUUUGUUAUAUGGUAUAAAAUUAGUUUCUUACUCCUAGAGCUGCUUUGGAGGGAAAACCCACAUCAUCAUUUUGGCUGGAAUCUGUGUUAAUUCCAGCAACCAAUUUAUAGCAGACUUUUUUAUUUUUCAAGUGAUAAAUGUCAUUCUAAGAAAUGUCCUGAAAACAGAGCAUCACGUUUCUAAAAUCCUUCUGAAUUCCCAUUGUACGGCUGCUGUUGGUCACACUGGUCCUCUUUUUGCUAGAGAAAAGGGGGACCACUUUUACACUGACAGAUCAGUGUUUAUGGCAAUAUAAAGAAGAGCCCAGUGGAUCCUGAAAGCAUCGCACAAGACUUUUAGCGCUUAGACCCAAGCACUUAAUAAACAACUGCCUUAACUUUGACUUUCACGUAGUGUAUCAGUCUGGCCCUGGCCUGACCCAGAGCAGCAUUCUGGUGAGAGCUAGGUGGCCACUGGUGAAAGUUCUUCCAGGCUCCCUCACUGUUGAAGGCAGCCACAAGUAGCCAUUUGGAAUAAAUCUUCAUAAGUAGCAAUGGACUGUUUUACAGAAACUUUUUAUCUAGAGCCAAUCUUGUCUCUGCAUCCAUGAGUUUGGAGGCACCUCAGUCACAGCCUGAAAUGCUGUUUAUGGGUACUCCUUAGGAGAAGUGGUUUGUAAUGCCUGUGUCCUGUAAAUCUCAAAUAAAAAAAAGUGUUUACA